AUGAUAGCUGAGAAUCUUGUGCAGAACUGCCCUCCCGUCGAAGGGCCCGUUCCGCAGCAAUUCGGGAGCAAUUAUCACUUCUUUGGACAAGGCUCAUCAGUUUUCGAUCGAAGAUUCCCAAUUCAAAGCGCAAUAUUGCUGUGGUCCGAAAUUUCAAGCGUGAUGUGGCCAGCUAGCAAUACCUUCGAUGGCAAUCCAGCAUUACGCGAUUUUGUUAACAUGAUUCUGGCGAAUACUGUUUCUGUCGGAUGCUCCGGCGCCAUGUGCCUCGAUACUGCAGCCGCUGCGUGUGUUUUUUCAGCACCCAACGUGCAAGUUGGAGACCAAGUCUAUAUGUCUGGCACGCCGUGUCAAAUCGACGCAGAUUGCAUCCGAUUCAGUCCAGCUUUCUGUGAAAAUGGAUUAUGUGUUAACGAUGAAUAUGAUUGCCAAGCGGAGCAAGUGGCACUUAAUCAUGUGAGAUCAUGCGAUAGAAUACCUGCACCUCCGAUUGCUCGACCCGGUUACAGUGAAAAUAUUCAUGUCCUCGCAACAGCUGCCACUGACGUACUAGGAGCCAUUCAGAAUGCAAUCGUGAUGUUCACUAAUGAACUCGCGGCCAAUGGAAUUCCUUCGAAUAUGAUUCUAACGCCUCAAGUCGUCCAACGUACACAAAGAACGGUGACCAGGGUUACCAAGGUUCUCUGGGGAAGCAACAGAUUUGUCGGCUGUGCAACUGUGCUUUGCCGAGGAUUUUACUUCAGCUCUUGCAUGUAUCGAAAUCCAGUGAACGUAGUCGGACAGAGCAUCUACACAAUCGGUGCUGUUUGCAGUACCUGUCCAACUGGUCCCAAUAAUUGCAACCCAGAUAUUGGACUGUGCUCUUAUUAA